UUUGCAAUCGAUCGCGUUCGAAAAUGCCUUAAAAUAAAAUUUGACAUGACAAACUUCAUAUGAUUUUAGAAUAAUAGCCUUAAUGAUAUUUCAAAUUUUGUCAUAUCAAAAACUUACAAGACAUAUUUUGAUCAAAACACGAUCAUUGAAUUGUAGAUUGUCUUAGAAAGUUGUACUCUAUAAUCAAACAAAUGGAUUCAAUGUCUACGCCAAGAGCAGAAGGACCUCCAACAGAAACUGAAAAACCAGUUGGAUGUUGUCAUUACAAAAGAAAAUCAAAACUAUUGGCGCCUUGUUGUAAUAAAGUAUACACCUGUAGAUUUUGUCAUGAUGAAAGUGAAAAUCACCAGAUUAAUAGAAAAGAAAUAACAGAACUGGUAUGUGCUUUAUGUAAUACUAGACAAAAUGUUCAAAGUAACUGUAUAAAUUGUGGAGUGCUUUUUGGAAAGUAUGCGUGUUUAGAAUGUAAUUUAUUUGAUGAUGAUGAAAAACGGCAGUUUCACUGUAAAGGAUGCGGUUUCUGCAGAAUUGGAGGUGCUGAUAGAUUCUUUCACUGCAACAAAUGUAAUAUGUGUCUUCCCAUUAAAUUGAAACAAGGACACAAGUGUGUAGAAAAUGUUUCGAGAUCUAAUUGUCCGAUAUGUUUUGAAGACAUCCACACAUCUAGAAUAGCUUGCCAUAUACCCCCUUGCGGUCAUCUUUUACAUGGACCGUGUUAUGAAGAACUUCUAGGUAAUGGACUAUACGCUUGCCCUAUUUGCCAAACUUCUUUGAUGGAUAUGCAGAGACUUUGGAAGCAUUACGAUAUGAAAAUAGCAAAUACUCCAAUGCCUCCAGAAUAUAGAAAUUAUUAUGUGGAAAUACUUUGCAAAGAUUGUCAUAAAGAAAGUAUUGUAAAAUUUCAUGUAGUAGGUUUCAAGUGUGCUCAUUGCGGUUCUUAUAAUACCUGUAGGAACAAAGGACCUGUAACUUUGAGAGGCUGCUUCAGGACAGGUAUUAGAUAUUUCGCUUUAUUUUGCAACCUUUUGAUUUCUAUGACCAGAAAAAUUUUUACAGCCAUUCCCUAUUUGUUCUUAAUAUACGAUACAGAACAAGCCGCACCUAUUGGUAAUUCUAAUGAAGAAAUUAGAGAAUCGGAUGUUGAAAAUUUAGUAGAAAAUCCUGAAUAAAUGAUUCGGGCUAAUCAUUAAUUGGAGCUGUGUUUUUUAUUAAUUACUGUGACGAAUCGUACUUGUGACACUUCUAAUGUAUUGCUUUAACAAUUUCUCCAAUGCUCUUUUUUAUUGUAAUAAAUCGAUUUGAAUAAAAACUGAUCUACCCAAGCUAGCAGAACCUUUAUUAUAUUCGAUAAUUUAUACUAAAAUGUUGUAUUUAUUUAUAUAUUUUGAAUUUUCUGUUUUUAGUAUCUUUUAUAGUUGUGUAAAUUAAUUUUAAAGUUUUACAUUUCUGAAUGUUAUGUACAAAUAUUUAUUACAAUAUAGGUAUCACAAAUAUUUACUGUUUU